GCUCCUCACUGAGUCUUACUCCGAGUUGAAUGCAGUCGCUGUAAACACGGAGAACCUUUAGAGAACUUGUCACACACUUUCUCUCUCUUUUUAUCACAGUGCUUCUGUGUUUAUUGGGUAAGCUCAACAAGUGGCUUUUUAAGAAUGAUGCGACCGAAAGAUUUACGCCAGGGCUCUGGCACUAAGACUUUCCUGGAUGCCAUGCAUGGUGGCAAAGUUCACCUGGCACGCUUCAUCCUUGAUGCCUUGGACGGACGCAUCAUCAACUCUAAGACAGAAAACAGCCGCACCCCGCUCAUGUAUGCCGUCUGCCUACAAGAUCCAGGGACCAGGUCCAAGUUCACCCGACUAUUGCUGGAGAAAGGAGCCGAUGUGAACUGCCAGGAUGUGGAUGGUCGCACCGCCCUGAGCCAUGCCUGUGAGAUGGGUCACCUGGAUGUUGUGAAGCUUCUUGUGCAGUUCAACGCCGACCCAGACACCUUUGAUGCCUGGGGUAACAGCCCUCUGAUGUAUGCCGCCUUUUCUGGUCACAGCCAGGUCCUGGAGUUCCUGGUCCGAGCAUUCAAAAGACUGGGACUGAGGCUGGACAGAACAAAUAAUGCCGGUCACUCUGCUAUCGAGGUAGCCAACUUCUUUGGACACAACCAUUGCGUGCAGAUUCUGAACUUUCCCUGCAGGAGGAGUGUUUGCACAGAUGAUCCACUCCCUGAUUCCGCUACCACUGGUGAUGGAGACACCCGGCUGCCCAACAGGCUCCCCCGGUAUCUUCUGGAGAGGUUUUCAAAAAAGUUGAAUACCAACGAAGACCAACUGCCUGAGGUAGUUCCCAGACAGCUGAAGAUUGGAGACAGUAGCGGACUGUGGAACCGCUUCAGGUGUCCAAGGAGCCAGUCUCAAGAGGAGAACCAUCCGAGCAGCAGGGCUAUGCCUCCUCAGAUAGAAAAAAGCCAGAUCGAGGGGGAUCUCUUCACUGCCAAACAACUGCAAAACUGCACGCUUAGAGAGCUAAGAGGGGCCAAAAUGCUGAACUCUUUGCCUGAGCCAAGCCAGAGAGAUGUCAGCAGAGACACUGGACUCCAAAAGCAAACACCGGUGAGUUUUCCUCAUUGGGGAAAAGCGAAGUCAUUUAACCUGGACGUUCUGAGCAGCAGAAAGCAGUCCUAUCAGGGUGAUGUGUGCGACAUCAGCCUGUCAGCCAGCAAAUUAAAGAGAGCCUCACUACAGGAUGAGAGAUGCCUGAUAGACAAGAUUGAAUGUCAAGGAAACACCCGUGGCAUGACAAAUGAUGCUGACAAAACUGUCCCAGUGCCAAAACCUCUUUUAAACGGCAAAAGUCAACCAGGGAGAGCGCUGGAGGAGGAUAUCCAAUCAGAGAAAGACGAGGCAAGUGACACGGCUUCAUCAAACAGAAGAGAGCAGCAGAAGAGGGGAAGCUUCGGCCUGAGCAGCAGACACAACAAGCUGCUGUUUGCCCGAGGGGAGAUGGAAUCUGGGAAGAUCGCGAGUAGUGGCCCGGGGUUCGUGGGCCUCGGGACACGACUGCUGCGUCGAUUCACCGCUCCGGAGUUCAUGAGGAUGGUGAUAGACUGUUCAUCCAGCUCCUCAAACGGCCGAGGGCGGAUGUCCCGCUCUGAGACCUUCCCCUGCUCUCACACACAUCAGCAGGUCAACAGCCAGCCAAGCGUCGACAGCAUCAGUGGAGUGAAAUGUGAGUUUGAAAGCUGCUCGUCUCAGUCUACCCUCGGAUAGAAAAAGGACAAUUACAGGCGACAGAAAAGGCUGGUAGGGAAAUGAUUACAGCACUUAGAAAUCUCACAAUGCAGUCUGAUUGCUUGGUGACAUAGUCUAUUCAUAAAGCUUCUACUUGUGUUGCAGUUUAUCCGAUUUGACUAUGUUUAUCAAUAACAAAAUAGGAAUAUAAAGCUAAAUUGUUUCAAUCUAUAACAUUUUUGCUAUUCUAUAUUUAAAUAAUGUAAUAAUAAAAAAAUAUUCAUCUGUGAGCUUCUAAAAUAAAUAACAUUGUUUCACCAACAAAAGAUUUAUAUUGUAUGGAUCGGACUGUAUUUGAUAUGCUUAUGUAUUUAUAAGAAAAAAAUGUUUGUAUUUUGCUUAAAUAUGUUCAUUGUGCACUGUAUGAUUUAUGCUGAUUACCUAAUAAAUCAUUUAAAACACCAA